AUGGAUAAUCCCGUGGCGGCAAAUGUGCUCGGCACCGCUGGAGCUCUUAUCCCCCAAAUCAUCAUCAACUAUCGUCGCCACAACACCACAGGCCUACAGCCCUCAAUGAUGAUGCUAUGGGCAUGUGCUGGCGUCCCUCUGGGAGUGUACAACAUCACCAAGGAGUUUAAUGUAGCUCUGCGCAUCCAGCCCCAGAUCUUGACGCUCUUAAGUCUCACCACUUGGGCUCAAUGCCGAUACUACGACAAGAAAUGGCCCAUUUCUCGCUGUCUUCUCGUAACCAUUCCCAUCGCUCUCCUGAUGGCUGGUAUACAGAUUGGCCUCAUCUUCGCCCUGCGAGCCGCUCACUCUUCGCAUCUCGCAUGGCCGGAUACUUUGAUGGCAAGUCUCUCUGCGGCAUUCCUCGCUGCUGGCGUCCUCAGACACUACUGGGAUAUAUACGUCCAUCGAUCGGUGCGUGGGAUCUCAUUCAUCUUUGUGGGCAUCGACGCCGCCGGCGAUCUCUUCUCGCUCAUCUCGGUCUUCUUCCAACCAACCCUGGACAUUCUUGGUAUGGUGAUAUAUGGGACUGAGCUGGUCCUUUGGAUUGGCGUGUUCGCUUGUGGCGGAUACUUCAACUUGCUGCCCUGGGCAAAACAGAAUUUGAAGAUGCGCUCAGAGCAUGAUGCAUCUCCCAGUGCCUCUGAGAUGUCUGCAGACCCUACUACUCAACCAUCUCACGACAUCUCUCUUCGAAACAUGCCGUCAUCCACAUCCGUCUUUAGAACGCCCUCAAGCGAAGUUACUGUUGCGAGAGCUAGAGCCGGAUUCCACGAUACCGAUGAUGAGAGUGGCGCAAUAUCACAGAGAUGA